AUGUGCCCGUACGGACGUGACGACACCGGCAAGACGUUCUUGAAAUCCAUUGCGCACGUGCUACGCCAUCUACCAACCUCGACGCGCUUCCUGAAGCACCCGUUCUCAAACCGCGACAUGCUCGUCGCGGUCCUGGAUGGCCACGUCACGCUCGUCUUCCAGCUCGAUUACGUGAGCGCUGGGACAGUGGACUUGGGCGUUCGCGGGCUCUCGCCGCUACCCCUACACGCGACGUAUUUCCAGCCGCGCCGCGAGAGACGUGGCCUGAAACUCGCCGAUUCCUCCAAGUCGCCGAUACGCGUCGCGCCCCGCCGGAGUUCAUCGGUGUGGCGCAUUACGGACAAGGGUGAGAUGCUCAACAAGGAGUCGAAGCUUGACGCACUUGGUCUCUCACGACGCUUCCAGCGUCGCGCGCUUGCUCGACGCCGCCAGGGCUUGACGCGCGCGGUCGCGCUCGGCGAAAGCUACGCCGCGUUGCUGCUCCACAGCUACGAAGGAUUGCUGCGCUUGAUCACAUUCCGCCACGACGACGAUGCCAGCAGUCUCGAGGUUGCCCGUGUCGGGCCCGCCCUCCUCUACGUAGAUGCCCUCAGCGCGAGCCAUGAUGCUCGAAAGGCGACGAAGCGGACGGCGACGACAAAAAUGCAACGAAUGGAGAUGCGGCCACAGAGCGGGGCAGGUACUGCAACGACACACCCACCUGGGGAGUGCGCGUGCGUGGCACGGGGUUUAGGGUUGACGGGUUUGGGGGAAACGGGCGCGCUGGUCGGUCCGUCGGAUGAUUACGCGUCGCACUGGAUUCUGGCACCGUGUCUCACGGACCAUCACCCACGCCGACUUUCCGUCGAGCUCGGCCCUGCGUCGCGCCCAUCAAUCCGCAUCGCGUUCAUCAGCCGCGUCGAGGUCCAUCACUCGCGUCCGCCGACAUCCAUCUCGGCGCCUUCUUCCUCCGGCGCCCGGCGUGCCCACUUCUUCGCGGGAUUGGACGCGUCGGGUUUGUGCGAGGACGAACUCCGCGAUUUCUGCGAGGCCGCUACUCCACACAGCGUACGGAACCCCGGUGCACAUGCCGGCUUCAGACCAAGCGUCGCCGUCGGCGACGUCCCUCGUCGCGUUUACUGA